AUGACUUCCUCAUCCCUCAACUACCCUCUCCUCUCGAUUCCGGCGUACUACAUCUUCUCCAUUAUUCCCCACGUGUACGCAAGCUCGAUCCUCAGCUCCGCCGGCUACAACCUCAACAACGCAAACCCCAAGGCCUCGUUGUCUCCAGUUGCAGUAAAAGGCAAGGUGCCCGACGAGGUCUUCCAGAGAUACCAGCGCGCCGAGAACGCACAGAGUAACAACAUCGAGCAGCUUCCGCUGUACGCUACGGCCGUAUUGGCCAGCAUCAUUGCUGAGAGAGUCACCGCGAGAGGUCUGGGUAAUGCGGCCGUCGGCGAUGAUGCCACUGGCUUGGCCUUCUUCAUCUGCGCGUUCAUGGCUGUUCGUGCUGCCUACAUUGUCUCCUACAUCAAUAUUGCGGACCACAGCAAGAGCUUCAUCCGCAGUAUGUUCUGGGCCACCGGCGCUGCUUUGUCGGGCUACCAGAUCUAUAAGGCUGCCGCACUUCUCGGCUGA